GAUAGUGUUUCAAAUGGGGUGCGUAUAAAUAAGAACUUAUUUUCUUCUUCAGCAUUAUUUGACUUUCGCUGUACAUCAAAUCUAACGCCCAAAAUGUUUAAAAAAUUUCUAACAAACCUAGAAGAUCCGAAAAGGCCGCUUCUUGGGCCAAAUUACUGGAUCCUUAGAAAAACAGGAUUAAUUUUGCCAGUAAAUUUAAAAUGGAAAAAAGUUCGCAUAGUAAUACAUGCGCUGGGAUGUCUAUUUGUUAUAACACAGUACAUGGAAUUAUUUGUAAUAGGAUGGAACUUAGAUCCCCUUUUAUCUAACCUGAAGAAUUCGAUGCUAAGCAUUAUUUGCACUGUCAAAGCUAAUACGUUUAUUUUUUGGCGAGCAAACUGGAAAGAUUUAAUAGAAUACGUUACAGAAGCUGAUAAAUAUGAAAGAGCAAAUAAAGAUAAGGCCAGAAACAAAAUUCUCGAUUCAUAUACAAAAUAUUGCCGUCGAGUAACGUAUUUCUACUGGGUGCUGGUUUUCAUGACAUUUAUUUCAGUUAUAACAACUCCUUUGAUAAAAUAUUUGUCUUCGCCAUCUUAUCGCCAAGCUAUAAGCAAUGGAACUGAAAAAUUCCCACAUAUCUUCAGUUCUUGGGUACCUUUUGACCAAUACUCUUUUCCAGGCUCGUGGAUUCAAGUUUCUUUGCAAUUUUCCGUUUCUAUUUAUGGUAGUUCAAUUAUAGCAGCCUAUGAUUCAAGUGUAAUCGUUUUCAUGGUGUUUCUUGGAGGAAAACUGGAGUUGUUGCGGGAACGAUGUAAGCAAAUGUUCAGCGGUAUUGCGUCAGGAGUCAGUGACGAGGACGCUGCUGAAACAAUUCGGGAGCUGCACAGCAUACACACUCUGCUUAUGAAGUAUUCCAAGUUAUUGAAUUCUCUGUUAUCGCCGGUAAUGUUUUUAUACGUAUUGAUGUGUACAUUCAUGCUUUGUACUACUGCGUUUCAGUUGACUACAUCUACAAGCACCUCGCAAAAACUUCUAAUGACGCAAUAUUUAAUUUUCGGAGUAGCUCAAUUAUUCAUGUUUUGCUGGCACAGUAAUGAUGCUCUAGAGAAAAACAAUCAAGUGGCGAUGGGUCCUUACGAGAGUAAAUGGUGGGCAGCUUCUGUAAGUGCGAAACAACGCAAAAAUGUGAUGCUCCUGGCAGGCCAGCUAAGCCUAGUGCACACUGCUGAUAUGGAUAGCCAAAAUUCUCCUGAAAGAACUGUGCCGAUACAGUAUGUGCGUGCUUCAAGGGCGUUCCGUCAAUUCAAGAAUCCUCCACAGCCUCAUAUGUGUAUACAGGAUACUAUAAAGGAUACAACGGAGAAACUGUACAUAAAUGUGCUAGGAUGGCAGAAAAUAGCGAAUCCUAAACAAUAUUCGGAUCCCAUACCCUUGUAUGGAGGCAUGCAGGUGCAUCAAGCAUGUGGUCCCAACAGUAAUCGUCCACCGUUAUUGGUGUUUGCGGUGAUGGUCAACCCGGACAUACUGAAGGCUAACGGCAAGAAUGCUUCAAACCCAACAGAUCGUGAAGCCCUGGUUAGCUUGCUGUGUGAUUUUGUGGAGGCCAUGAAUCCUGGCCUAGUGUUAACACGGAAUCCCAUCAUCCUGAAAGACAGAGAUCUGGCCGGGGAGCUGAAGGAUGUGUGGCUCGCUGUGCAGACCAAGAGGGAGAGGGAGAAAGGGCUCAACCAGGAUGUUAUGUAUAAGGUUUACGACAUAGAUGGAAUCGGUUGUGAGGAAGGCAGUGAGGAAGACCAAACAAACAGCAAAAACAAACAAUAUGACAACACCUCCCCAAACAGGACACAAAACUGCGAGAAAAGGAAAUUCCCGCUCAAAUCGUCCAAACAAAUACUCAAAAAUGCUGGACAAAAGUCAGAGUUUGACUCUGGGAUGAACAACUGCCAACUCAACCAAAACAACUCAAGUAGAGAUAACCGUUGUGGCAACAUAGACCAGGACACUACUUAUUGUACCCCAGUGUACGGUCAGAUAGUGUCAACCAGAGAAAAUCACAACCAAAUCAAUGAUAUACAACAAAAAUUUGCAAAUAACGACAACAUCAAACCAUCCAGUUCGUACGGAAAAGAUUGGCAACAGGGAAAAACUCAAAAUUUGGAAGAGUUUUCCAACCAAAAUCUAUCAAAUAAAGAGGAAGAAUAUUGGAGACAAAACACAAAUGUAAAACAGAAUGACAGUGAUGUUAAGAAACAGAAAUCGAAAGCGAAACCAGUUACAAAUGGAAAAUCACAAUUUGACUUCUUCCCAGUGUUCGACAAUAAGACAGCUGUCACGGAAUCGCCAGAUAUUGCAACGGGUCGGUUAAAGGAACCGGAUGGAAGUGACGAGGACAAUUCUAAAAUUAUUCUAGACCCAAUGCAGAAGUUAGUUCUGCAUUCGACUGAUAACAAAAUAUGUGAUAAUAAUACAAGUGCUCUCAGUUCGUAUAGCUCAUAAUCUCAUAGCUUUUUACACACUUUUGUAUGGCCGGUAUGUAUUCUUGCUUAUAAUAAUAUAAUAUGUUGUUCAUGAGAAUAAAGUAUUUAUACAUUGUAUAGAAGUAAAUGAAUGUAGGAUGAAUAGAUACUUGAGUGUAACUAUUUAAACAAAUAAAUUGAACAUAAGUGGUGUAACUGAGGAAUAAAUCUGACAUUUUCACAGAUUUCUGAAACAGUAACUGUCAAAAUGUCUAAUUUAUUCCUCAGUUAAUUAUUUGGCUAUUGAAAAAUCGGCUCUUAGAACCAGUCGCAUAACAGGUGGAUAUGGUACGAUUGCUGUUAAACUUUGAUGACUAGUAAAAAGCAAAGUGGGUUUAGAAAUUAGUCAGUACUCAAGAUUAAUUUCAUGAUUAAGGAUAAAACUUAAGUUUUGGUCAAAAGUAUAUAAACCCUAACUUGUCUAACCCAUUUUGCAUUUGUCAAUGUUCAAAGUUCAAGGGUAAAUAAGCUUAAUCGCCUUUCAUAUAAUUUGACAUUAACCUGUUCAAUUGUCAGUCAAAUGUCAUUACAUAUUUGACAGAAUAAAAUGAUGAUAGUUCAGUUUGUUUGCUUAAAAAUUUACACUCAAGGUCCAUAUUAUGGUGGCUAGUCAAGUUAAUACGAAUAACAGAAUAGAUGAAAAAUAUAGUAUUUGUUUAGACAUACUGAAACUAAAUAAAAUAUAAUUAGGAAAGGACAGAAUUACGACGCACGUGUUUAACGCCAGUUUAAACCAUGUUUAAAGUUUUCAUAGUAAGAGCAUUUUUGUUUAGUUUUAGUAUGGCCAAGUAAAUGUAAACUAAAGUUAUACAAAAUUAGUUGGUUUCAGUAAAAAUGAUAGUUUUGGUUUGCAUGAUGUAGGACAACAUUUUAAUGUAUGAAAAUAUUCCGAUUGAAGAAUAGUCUUAGCGUGGUGCAUUUUAAACACAGAUGUGUAGAGCAUACUUUGACUUUGCCCAGACUUAAGACAGAUAAAACAAGACAGUCUAAGCAAAGUCUAAAGUAUGCUCUAUGGAUCUGUCUGAAUCUAUAAAGUUAUAAUAGGACAAGAGUUACUGGAAAAUUUUGAAUGAGUGCUUGAUAAAAUCUGAAUGAUGUAAGAGUAGCUUAGUUUUGUGGAUUCCAGUUUUUUUUUAAUUUAUUCACAUAGAAACCCUUUGUUUUCAUUGUAGAAAAUAACCUUUUGGUUUAAUAAUUUCUAAAUUGUGUCUGGCCUGGUCUGAUGUGAGGUUUUAGCUGUAGCUAGCCCUGACAACAAGACUGUGCCGACAUGUUUCGAUACGAUGCUGUUUAGGAACCAAUAAGGGAUUUAAUAAAACUGCCAUACUCCUUCCAGAUAAAACUGCUGUCAUCUCAAACUGCAUCAUCAUUUACCACCAGUCGAGAUUGGAAGUGCUAAUUUAAUAAAUUUUAUCAAGCACUUCAUCAAAACUUCCCACUCUCCAGCUAUAAUGUCUAUGUCAAUAAUAUCUAUGUCUAUGUCAAGUUGAAAUACAAAUUUAAUAUACCUACAGAUAUAUAGGUAUUUUCCGUGCGUGAAUGUUGAAGACAUAAUGGUUGUGUAUUCUUUAGUGUUUUACUAACGGAGGCCAAACACGCGCCACGACUACUCACUUAUAAUAAUUGUAGGCUAAGAGCCCAACUAAUAAAAUGGCGGAGGUAUUUUAUAACAGCUCAGUUUGUU